UUUUGAGAUAUACAUAUAAUGUUGUUAUAUGCUUAUAUUGUUGUUUCUGUUGUUCAAAUGAAGCGAAAAUGUUGCAAAAUCUAGCGAAAGUUUCAAUAACAGAACAAACAAAAUUCAUAAAAUCAUUCGAUCAUGUUUUUUGUGAUAUAGAUGGGGUGAUUUGGCUGGCAUGCAAGGCUAUACCGGGAGCUCCCGAGUGUGUCGACACUUUGAAGGAAAUCGGCAAAAAAGUCACUUUUAUCACCAAUUACGGAGCCAGUAGCACAGCAGAACUGUACCGCUUGCUCAGAGAAAUCAAAGUCUCAGCUGAGCUCGACGACAUAGUCAAUCCGUUGUUGGCGAUGAUUCUUCAUCUGAAGAAAAUCAAAUUCGACAAAGAGAUAUUCGCCAUUGGAACUGCCGAAUUUAAAGACGAACUGAAAAGGUCCGGUUUCAAAUUGGCGCCUGAUCCCCCUCAAUUUAUGGAGGAAACGAUACCAAAUCUACUAUCUAAUAUGGCGGACGAUGAAAAAGUUGGAGCGGUGGUAUUCGAUUACGACAUUAAUUUGACUAUACUGAAGUUGCAAAAAAGUUUGACAUACCUGAAGAGAAAAGAUUGCCUCUUUAUGAUUGGUGGGGCGGAGAAGUCAACUCCAUUUGGAAAUGAGGGUCCCUUAGUUGGGAAUUACUAUUUUUACAUGUGCUUGAAAGAAAUUAGUGGUAGAGAACCUAUCCAAAUGGCCAAACCCUCAAUACACUACGUUGAUUUGGUGACAGAAAAAUUCCAUGUAAAAAAGCCCGGAAGAAUAUUGUACAUAGGAGACAACAUCGAGGAAGAUAUGGGUUUUGCAAUGACAGCAGGCUAUGAAAAAUUGUUGGUCUUAACUGGAACAACAAAGAAUGAACAUCUACUCGAUUGGAAAUAUCCGGAAAAUUUGAAACCUCAGUAUUAUGUAGAAAGUUUAGGUGCCUUAAAUGACAUUAUCAAGUUGUGUAAUAUAUCGAAAAUAUCCAAAGAUUAAAUUGAUUGUUUGAUUUGAAAAAUCAGUACUUAGUUAU